AUGGGUCCCGACGUCGUUCAAGGUAUGGCGCAUGAGUGUUUGAACACGAACAUCGGGUACGGAUGGCCUGUCACACCUCCUUCCCCUUUCAGCUGGUCGGCCGGAGCCUCCAAUUCCCCAAUAACUGGCGAACUCGAAGAUACGGACAUACUGAGGUUCAUCACCGAAAACGCAGAUCACCCCGAUGUUGUUCGAUUCUUCCAGGUAUCGGAAAAACGGAGCAGUGGCGUGAAGGAGAAACGCGCACAGGCAGCCGCGGCGUUCGAUCCUACCAAGCUCAAGAUCCAAUAUGGCGCGACGUGGGUCGUCUCGCUGGAAUACUCCGGUUUAACGACGGAGGAACGGCUCGAUGACAAGUUGUAUCGGACUGAGGAAGAGGCCAAGGCGAGGGAGGAAGAGCUGCAGGGCCCUGCGAAGGCGACGUUCCAACUAUUCUGCUACAUCCGCGAAGGACCCGAGGUGAGGAGGGCAGAUACGCGCUACAUGAAGGAAUUUGUCGGCCUGCCUACUUCUGCGCAGAUAGAAGAGUUCCUCAAGAUCAGCAUGGCAGCUCCCAUCGAGCUCUGCAAGCCGUGCAUCCCCCAAACCCUCCUCUUCACACACAACCUCAUGCCGCACCAGGAUUCCCUCCUGCCCUUCCUCGACGACAUGCCCCUGCCGUUCAGCUUCCUCUUCCAGCCCAAAGACAUGCGCGACCCCGUGCAGGAGCGGGACGACAAGCUAGCUGCGAAUUACUUCAGCGAAUACAUGGGCCUGGCCAUGAAGCACAAAGAACAGGGUAAUGCGGCAUACGCGAAAGGCGAGCGUGAGCGCGCCGUUGAUCACCCGCCCGAACGCGACGCCGAGACGAGGAAACUCCUGGCGGUGUGCUAUGCGAAUUGCGCAGCGGCGAGGAUGUUGGUAGUGGAGGGUGGAGAGGAGCGAGACUUGAAGGCAGCCGUGGAGGACGCAGAGAAGGCGAUCAAAACCGAUCCGACUUAUGCUAAGGCGUACACCCGCCUCUCUCGCGCUUAUGAAGCUUUGGGUAACCCGUACGAAGCCCAAGAGGCUCUGGUCCGCGGACUUCGUCUGAAAGACCUCAACAAACACUAUGGUCUGGCCGACCAUCUCCUCUUCCUCCAAACCAACGACAAAGGGCUGGCAGGCCUAACGAGUAUGGACGUGUUUGAAGCGUGGCUGAACUCUGUGCUUGUUGAUGACGAGAAGACUGCAGCCUUGAUGAAAGAUCUGGGAGGGGCAUGGCAGCAAAGGUGUGACGAGCAUCGGAAAAGCAUUGCUUCGGCAUAA